CUAGUAUACAGUAUGACAAGAUGGCGGACAGCGUGGCUUCGAAGAAGAAAAGAAGAUUAAAAGACAUGGACGCAGACGACUUCAUGGAAUAUGGCCUCGAUAGCGACUUGAGUUUGGAGAGUGAAGAAGACGAAGAAAAUGGCACGGAAAAAACAGCUGAAAAGGCUCCAGAAAAUGUCAAGUCCAAAACGUCGAAACACAAGAUGCAGUUGUCGAAGCUCGAAGAAAAGGAUCCAGAAUUUUAUAAGUUCUUAAAAGAAAAUGAUCAAGAAUUGCUUCAGUUUAAUGACUCGGAUACUGAUGAAGAAAUAGAAGAGAGUACCGAUGAAGAGGAUGAAAAUGAUGAUACUGCUCCAAAGGGAGAGACAGAGCAAGACAACCAAUCUGAUGCUGAAGUGGAACCAGAAGAUGAAGAUGAACAGCCCCAAAAGAAAGGCAAACAUGUUACCAUGGAGAUAAUAAAACAAUGGAGGAAGGAACUUGAGAAAAUGUCAUUGCAUGGUUUACAUCAAGUCAUCAAAGCCUUCAGAGCAGCAGUACAUGGUGCUCUAGAUGAAGUCUCUACUGAUAACAAGACACCAAUGCAUUUUGUGUACAGAGUGGAGGGCAAUGCAGUYUUUAAUGCCAUCAUUCAGUUGUGCCUGAAGCAUGUCUACACAGUUUUACACCAUCAUAUUGGAGGCUCCUCAACAAAGCAUGGAAAAGUAACACUUCCAUCAAGCAACAAGAAAUGGAAUCAAGUCAAGACGUCUCUCAAGUUCUAUCUGACUGAUUUACUCCAGCUUCUUAGAACGCUAGCAGAACCUUCCAUGCUCUGUGUCAUCCUCAAGCACGCCAAUCAGUUGUCUGUGUUCUUUGCCUGCUACCCUAAAAUAUCCAAGAACUAUAUCAAGAGAAUGACUCGUAUGUGGGGAACAGGUAAUGAACAUGUUCGUGUAAUGGCGUUCCUUGGACUUAACAAGAUUAUGGCUUUGCUUCCCUCGCCUUUGAUUGAAUUUUGUCUGAAGCAACUAUACCUGGGUUUUGUCAAGAACACAAAAUUCACUUCUCCAAGAACCCUWCCAUUGAUAACCUUCAUGCAGAACUCAUUGGUCGAGGUGUUYAGACUUGACCCUCAAUUGACUUAUCAACAUGCCUUUGUCUACAUUAGACAACUUGCUAUCCACCUUAGAAAUGCAAUAGUUAAUAAGAAAAAGGAUUCAUUUCAAUCAGUGUAUAACUGGCAAUAUGUGCACUGUAUUCAUCUAUGGUGCCGAGUSCUUAGUGAGAUACAGUGCCAAGGUGUGCUAGAUCCAUUAAUAUAUCCACUGGUGCAGGUGGUGCUUGGAGUAUUGAAGAAACAUCAACAGAAGUUACUGAACGGCGUUCAAACGUUUCAUUUAGUCCGAAGGACAUCAAGGAAGUCGAGAGUUGGACAGCCCAGUACAAGCAACACCCAAACACUAUUGUCAAGUUUUAUAGCACCUGGAAGACAAUGAAACCGGUUACGACACCACCUCAGAAUGACGAAGCUGAUGACGAUCACGAUGAAUCAGGCAGCGAAGAAGACGAGGAACCGAAGACAAAACGACAAAAGAAAUCAAGAAAAGAAGGUGGUAAAAUAGACAAUAAACAAAAGAARUCCCAACAGAAAAAAGAGAAUAUUUCACGCCAGACUAAUGAAGAAAUGCCUGACGUAGAGGAUAUUGUUGAAGAUUUUCACUUCUCCUCUGACGAAGAUAAUUGAUACCMWGGAAGUUUCGAURUUCUGUUGGUUAGAAUCUUSWUUUUUCGUAUURCGGAAGAACAAAAUUUACUCUUACRGAGGGUGAUGUCAUUUAAAUACGUUAAUAGAUAGACCUCCUCUGCCCUGUCCUAAUGUUGUCCCAUUUCAGACCACGUUUCAUUCUCUAGAGUAUCAGUUCUUUGUUUAAGGCCCCGUCCACACGUGUGCGGAAAUUUUUGUAUCCGUAUCCGCAAAUUUUACGAAAAYGGAYACGUGUG